UUAGCUAAAGUUAUGUAGCAGUCGACUGCGGAUGCACAUCAAACCUUAAGUUUGUCUCUCAGCUCCGAUAAACCUCCGGCGAUUGAUGCGAAGGAUCAUCCAGUGGAGUACAUACAUACAUAUGGACGAACAACUCAAACAGCUGAGCGCAACCAUCAUCACUCAUGCCGAUCGAUUCUUCCUCCAACAAGAUCGUGAGGCGGAGGAGGAGGAGGGGAAAGAGAAAGAGAACAAGAACAAGAGCCAGAGAUAUCUGGUCGCCAUUGCCGGCCGUCCGGGCUCAGGAAAGACGACGAUAGCUCGCAAGUUGUGUCGCUUAAUCAACCAACACUACGUCCAUCAACGACGAGGACCGUCCGAGGGGGAGGAGAAAAGGGAAGAGCGGCCGAUGGACAGUAAUGAUGACGUAGGAACAGUCGACCAGUCCACUCAUCAUCACGAGGACCAUGGGAUCGCAACUGUCAUAAGCUUGGAUGGAUGGCAUUACCCUCGCUCGGUGCUUGAUCAGUUCGAAGAUCCAGCGGAAGCGCAUCGAAGACGGGGGUCAGUGGAGACGUUUGAUGGGCGCUCGUACCGGGAAUUUGUAGAAGAACUAGUGACGAGUGGGGGCCGAUCGGAGCUACGAGCGCCGGGGUUUUCGCACACGAAGAAGGACCCGAUAGCGGGUGCGAUUGGGAUCUAUCCAUGGCACCGGAUCGUCCUGCUCGAGGGGCUGUACACCCUGCUCGAGACGCCCCCCGAUUGGCGGGUCGCAAGCGCGCUCAUCCAUCUCCCCAUCCGCAUCGAUGUCGCACCUUCCGUCGCUAAAAACCGCCUCGUCCGGCGCCAUCUCCUCUCCGGAAUCGCCGCUGACCCAGAGCUGGCCGCGCAACGUGUCGACUCUAAUGACCUUCCUAACGGCGAAUACUUGCUCAAUCAUUCCCGCGAACCUGCGAUCGUGAUCUCCAGUGUGGAAGACCCGACAUUGACAAACACUCAUGAAACCCCGUGAUCAUCUCUCAUCAUCCAUCUUUGUACCAUUACCAUCAUCAUCGUCGUCGUCAUCGUCUUGUUGUUGUUGUUGUAUUCUUCCUGAUCUGUUGUCGCUCAAAACAACUCAAUCCUAUGUAAAAAAAAGCUUGCUUAUCUUUUUUUCUUCUUGACAUCGUGGUGGAAUACUGCUAUUUACAUGCC